AGUGUUUUGGCGCAAAAUUUUAGCGGCAAUCCGACAAGCUUCACUACACUCUCUUCAUUUACGGUGAAAAAAUCGGCAGAUACACAUCAGCUCUUUGUUUGCAACACAUUUUCAAAGUGUUUAACUUGUUGAAAAAAUCAAGAAACUUCAUCAAAAUGGUUUUAACAGUUGAAGAUACCACUCUCCGUUGGGCCAAAUUGACCGAGCACGCAUUUGAACCGACAAAAGGUUCCGAACAAGCAGCCGGCCUUGAUUUACGAAGUGCCUAUGACACAGUUGUACCGGCUCGCGGCAAAGCAUUGGUAAUGACCGACAUUCAAAUCGAAGUACCGUUUGGAACAUAUGGACGUGUUGCACCGCGCUCGGGAUUGGCAUGGAAGAAUUUCAUCGAUGUUGGUGCCGGUGUUAUCGAUCAGGACUACCGAGGUAACGUCGGUGUCAUUUUGUUUAACCAUUCGGACGUGGAAUUUGAUGUGAAAAAGGGUGAUCGCAUUGCUCAAUUGAUUUGUGAACGCAUCGUUUACCCAACAUUGGUUCAACUUGACAGUCUCACGGACACAUCUCGCGGUGCCGGUGGCCUUGGUUCAACUGGAAUUCAAUAAAAUGAGCACCUAUUCGCUGCCAACCAAAAAUAUUCACACUGUUAUACCAUGUAAAACAUGCCAUUUAGUUCAUUUUCCAUGGAAACGAUAGUGAUACUUACAAAUAACCUAAAAAAAGAUAUUCAAAUCGUACACACAAUCUCAAUUCUAUAAGUUGGGUCGCAUUUAAAUGCAUCAAAUGUUAACGGAAACAUAAUUUUCAAUGUCAAUAAAAGAAAUUCCAUCGAUAUAAAAAAAAAACCAACAAA